AGUACUGUUGGACCUACAAAACUAACCAUGGUGCUUGCCAGAAAAUAUGUGCUCACCAAACAUUUCGAGGGAGAACCGAAACGAUCCGAUCUGACGAUUGUUGAUGAAGAAUUACCACCUCUACAACAUGGAGAAUUCCUGGUCGAAGCUCAAUAUCUUUCAGUGGAUCCAUACAUGAGGCCUUACGCAGCACAAUUUCCGGCAGGGAUUACAAUGAUCGGCGGACAAGUGGCAAAAAUAAUAGAAUCGAAAAAUUCUGAAUAUCCGGUUGGAAAAAGUAUCGUGGGGUAUUUCGGCUGGAGAACACAUACAAUUGUAAAUGUUGAACAAGAAGAUGAGAGCCCUCUUCAACAAAAGCCCUAUAUAAUACCAGAGUUUGGUGAUUUGCCUGCUUCACUUGCUCUGGGAGUACUGGGAAUGCCAGGAAAUACUGCAUAUUUUGGAUUUUUGGAAAUAUGCCAACCAAAACCGGGUGAAACUUUGGUGGUAAGCGGUGCUGCUGGCGCUGUUGGUUCUCAUGUAGGACAAAUCGCUAAAACUUUGGGUCUCAAGGUCAUUGGAAUAGCUGGAUCCGAUAAGAAAUGCGAAUGGUUAAAAAAAGAAUUGGGUUUUGAUGUUGCCAUUAAUUACAAAACUCAAAAUAUUGUCAAAGAACUGAAGACAGCUGCCCCAGAUGGUGUCGAUUGUUACUUUGAUAAUGUCGGUGGAGAUAUUUCCAGUGUGGUGCUGUAUAACAUGAAUUCAUUUGGAAGAGUGUCUGCAUGUGGUAGCAUAUCAUCCUACAAUGCAGAUAUGAGUAAACUACCAAAAAGUCCACUCGUACAACACGCCCUCGUAUUUAAACAAUUGAAGAUGGAAGGCUUUAUCGUGAUGAGAUGGGCAGACCGUUGGCUUGAAGGAAUUGAGAAAAAUCUUCAACUGAUACGAGAUGGAAAUCUGAAAUAUUGUGAGACGGUAACGGUCGGAUUUGAUAAAAUGUUCGACGCUUUCGUAGGUAUGCUAAAAGGCGACAAUAUUGGGAAAGCAAUCGUUAAAAUCUCUUAGAAAUUUCAAGCACCUAAACGGCUACGAGAAAAAAAUUAACUAAUAAUGUGUAUUGGUAAUAAAAAAAAUUUGUAGUACAUCA